UUCUACUUUUUAUUUAUUUUUGUCAUGAUUUUUAUAUUCCUUGUUCUAGAAGAAAGAAAACAAUAAAAAAAAAAUACAUGAUUACAAAUAAAUAAUUUCCUGUAAAUUAAUUGCGAAAAUGAAGCAAAGAAGAAAUAAAACAUGUUUAGAUUUAAAAUCGAAAAUAGAAGUUUUAAGGAAAAUAAGAGCCGGUGUUGAGAAGAGUAAAAUAUUGAAAGAAUAUAAAAUUGGCGAGACAACGUAUUAUAAAUUUAUGAGAGAUGAAAAUGAAUUAAUGAAUAAAGUGAAGAAACAACAAAAUAAACAUCGAAAAACAUUUAGAAAAAUAAAGAGUAAUUAUUUAGAUGACGCAGUGUUAGAAUGGUUUCAGCAGGCAAGAGAUCGUGGUGAUCCAGUGUCAGGCCCACUUAUUCGUGAAAGAGCAUUAAUUUUAAAUGAAAAAUUAGAUGGACCUUCUGAUUUUAAGGCAAGCAACGGAUGGCUAAUAACAUUUAAAAAACGCUACAACAUUCGUCAUGUCGAUUUGAAGGGCGAUAAACAUGUAAACGACUCCGAAUGUAUAAAGGAAUUUUCGAGUUAUUUAAAGGAGAAAAUAAUAACUGAACGAUUAUUAUUGGAGAAUAUUUAUAAUGCCGAUGAGGCGGGAAUUUAUUGGCGUACAAUAUUAUCAUGUUCAGCGCCGGAGAAAAUGAAAAUUAACAAUAAUGAAUGUCUAAAAAAGCGGGAGAAUCGUAUCACAAUGGUAUUUUGCUCAAAUGCCGGUGGCACUAAUCGUAUCCCACUGUUUGUCAUUGGCAAAUCGGAUGUGACUGCAAUUCAACGCGAAUUACAGUGCCAUGGUGAUAUUUAUACGAGUCAGGAAAGCUCAUGGAUGAAUCAAGAGAUUUUCGAAAAAUGGUUCACCGAAAUCUUCAUACCACGUGCCUUAGCCUUUCAAAGAGAAACUCAAAUAACCGGUAAAAUUCUCCUAAUCCUCGACAACGCCCCCUGUCAUCCUCCACUCGAAAAACUGAACUCCCUCAACGAAAAUGUUGAGGUCAUCAACCUACCUCCGAAUAUACCAGCUACAUUUCAACCCAUGGCCCAAGGACCCAUUUCACUGACAAAAAAGUACUACAAAAAAAAUUUUCUCCGUCAACUAAUUAUUUCGGAAAAAUCGGGCACUAUCGAUGAUUAUCUGAAAAAUUUCAAUCAUCAAGAUUGCCUCACUCUUUUAACAGACGCUUGGAAAACAAUAAAAAAUUCAACGCUGGAAAGAGUUUGGAAACUCUUUUUGGAUUACCUCUGUCUACCAGUCGAUAGACUUGAUUCAAUAGUCUCGAGUCAAAAAUCAUCAAAUUCCAAGGAAUUGUUAACAAAUGACUUGGAAUUUGUCGAUGUUGAUUGUCUCUUGGACAACAAUGAGGACGCAACAUUUCCCGGUGAUGAAAAUGCCAAUGAUCUCGAGCGUAUUUUAUUGGGACCACAUUUUAUGUUGAAAAAUCCAUUGAAAAUAUUACGUCACUGGUAUGAGACGGAUACAAAUGAUUGUGGAUGGAAACCAUUGACUGACGUUGAGAUUGUGAAUUUAGUGAAAAAUGUUGACAUGAAUGGAAAAAUUAAUGGCGAUAUUGAAAGUAACACGGAUGACAGUGAAAAUAGUUCUGAGGAGGAAGAUGAGGCAUUACAAAUGGAGGAAAUAACAUCGAAGCAGGCUUACGAGAGUUUACAGACUAUUAAAAAGUGGAUUAGAGAGAAUGUUUCUCCUCAAGGAACUAAUAAUUCAUUGACUUUAGGCGAAGUUGAAAGUUUGAUAGAUCAAGAGGUCAAGACUGAAUCUAGUUGAAAAAAAAUGUUAUCCUAGAUUUUUUUUAAUGUACAGGUGGAAUAAUUUUGAAAAAAAGGACGUUACUAGUUCCAAGCUUUAAUGUAGGGGAGUGUAGUCAAGGUUGGAUCAGGUACUGACUGUUUUCUAUAACUUCUCCUGUCUACCGAAUUUGACGAUUUCCUCUUAUAUUAUUGGAAAGUUCUACCAAAAUGCAAUGUUUUUGCUAAACAUUGUAAAAAAGUUGGUGU